AAUAUCGGAAAACACUUUUUUAGGUAUGUGAGCAAAACAUAACUGUUUGCGAUUUUUCUGGGUUAAAGAAUCCACUCGAUGGAGUAUAAUUAACGUCUUCAGGUCUAAGAUCAUGACAACAUGACUGUUAGAUAAAACCCAAUCUCGGGUUUGGUCACAAAUUCCCCGCAGAAUGGAUAAUCCAGUAACUUCCGCUACUUAUAUUCGCAACAUCGGUUUUCGUUUACGUCGCAAAUUGUCUGAUUUUUUGGAUCCUCAGGACAGGUGGAAAGAAGUUCUUGUAGAUAUACAGAAACCGAGCGGGGAGCCGAGGUAUUCCCAGCUUCAUGUGAGGAGAUUUGAGGGUCUUGUUGCACAGGGUCGCAGUCCCACAGUGGAGCUGCUCAAUGACUGGGGGACCACCAACAGCACAGUGGGUGAACUUGUGGACAUUUUGAAGAGUCACGAGUUACUGGCUGCUGCCAGUGUUCUGCUACCUGAGUCCAGUCCAUUGGAGACACAGCUGACUCCUUUAAAAACCCGAAGCACUGCUUCAACCAGACUGCUGGAAGAGAGAGAUGCGCUGCAGCAGCCUGUCACCACUGUGCUGCAGCUUCGAAUGCCACAGGAGAACACCGAACCAAUACACACAGGCUUCUCCAGUUUCUAUUAUAGUGACCUGAUGAGGAUCACAGGCAACUUUGAUGACCGGUCCACGUCAGCUGGUGGCAGUCGAAUUGGAGAGGGAGGCUUUGGGACGGUAUACAAAGGUCUCCUGAAUGACAAACCAGUUGCAGUGAAAAAACUCAAUCCAGUGGACGACAUGCCACUGGACAAGUUGCAAGAUCAGUUCAACCAAGAGAUCCAGACUCUGAAAGUGUUGAAACACGAGAACUUGGUUGACAUGGUUGGAUUUUCCUGUGACGAACAGCACCUAUGUUUAGUGUACGCUUUCAUGGCCAAUGGAUCUUUAUUAGACCGACUGGCUUGCUUUGAAGGAAGUCCUCCACUUUCCUGGCACCACAGGUGCUUGAUAGCAGAAGGAACAGCCAAAGGUUUGGAGUAUCUGCACUCCAACCAUCACGUCCACAGAGAUGUUAAAAGUGCGAACAUCCUGUUAGAUGAACACUUUGUGGCCAAAAUCUCAGACUUUGGUCUGACGAGAGCAUCGGCCAAGCGAACAUCGACGACCAUGAUGACUGAGAGGAUCGUGGGUACCCGUGCAUACAUGGCACCGGAGGCGCUAAGAGGAGAGAUCACACCAAAAUCCGAUGUCUUCAGUUUUGGAGUGGUGUUGUUAGAAAUAUUGUCUGGACUCCCGCCAGUUGAUGAAAACCGGGAGCCACAGUUCUUGAUGGAGAUGAGGUAUGACAUAGAUGAUGAAGAUGAGGAGCUGACUCUGGAGGAUUUUGUGGACAAAAAAAUGAAAGACUGGGAGCUGAGCCAGGUGGAGAGUAUUUACUCCUUGGCAUGCAACUGCCUCCAUGAGAGGAAAAACAGACGGCCUGUCAUCAGACAGGUUUACGCAGAGAUUCACGGAGUCGUCAAAAACAUUGCACUGGAUCUUGAUAGAAAGGCGUGAAGCAAAGCAUCGUGGGAAUUGUGAGCCUGCUUCAAAUCACACUGCAGACUGACAGGAGAAUUACUGCACUGCAAAGCUUACCUUUUUUUUUUUUUUUUAAAAAGGCAUGUAGCUUACAUGUGUAAUUGCUGUAAAAAUACUGCUGAAUACAUUUCUGUGAGGCCUUUAAACAAAUCUAAUGGCCGAACUCUUUCAGAAUGCUGACUGCGGUUGUUCUUGCCAGUGUUAAAUGUAUUUAUUACGAACAAUUAAAGAAAUAAAGUGAAAGAAA